UGAAAAGGCUACGGCGGAGGCAGAGUCGAAAUCAUGGAUUAAUGUUAAGUUUACUCGUUUAUAACCGCGCAAAACACCGGUUUCCCCUCUAGGCUGGAUCCCUGGCCACCUUCUCCUGCGAGGACGGCGUUUCCUGAAGGCGAGGUAAUGAAGCGCGGUCUGCUGGUUGGUUCUUUAACCCCGGGGCUCCGUCCACUGGAGCGAAAGUUGUUCUAUCUGGACGAGGUGAAGAACCGCCCAUCAAGCGUCAUCACUGAGAUCAUUGGUCGUCUCGGAGGGAAAGUGGAGAGUUUCCUCCACAAGGAUGUGAAUGUGGUCAUCACAGGCAACAGAGAGGCCCUGACCGAUGGGCCUGACCGAUUGGAGCGCUCUCCAGCUGCAUCAGGAAAGGCCGAAGUCGAAGCUGUGGGUUCACCUUGCCUUCAGAGAGAGGGUGGGAGCAGUGCUCAGCGCCCAGGGACACCAAGACCACCAGUGUAUGGUAGCCGAGGAAAGGCCUUGCUGGAGAAAGCCAUCCGUAAUAAUGAGAAGUCUCAGGGCAGUGUGCUGACCAACGCUCGCUCCUGGGGAGUGAAGAUCGUGGGUGUAAACCAUUUCCUGAAGUUUGUAGAUCAGCUGUCUGCUGAACUUUCUGCUCAGAGAAGCAAGAAGAUUCAGCAGAAGAAAGCAGGUGAAUCUUCAGGGCCGCGUGUUGUCAAAGCAGGUGUUCUUAAAGCUGACUUCCUGAAAGUAGAGGACUCCAGCAGGAAGUACAGGCCACUGCAUGCCCAGAGUCUGAGUUUCCCCACGCUGAGAUACACGGGCAGGUUCAGUCCUUUUGAGCCUCCCGCACCACCACGGCCUGAGAAAAGAAAGGAUGGCGAACUCAGCAAGAACAAGCUCAGGAAGAGCGAAGAGCCCAUCAGUAGCUCUGAUCAACCCUUCGCUCCACUUCCACAAACACCUUCUCCCAAACGCCCACGCAAAAAGAGCUUGGGCUACUGUGAAUGCUGCCAGAUAAGCUACAAGGAUCAGGAUGAGCACUUGCACUCGGAUCUCCAUCGUCGCUUUGUGGAGGACAUUACUAACUAUGCUGUUGUAGACCAGUUGGUGGCUGGCUUGGUUGUUGAUUUUUUGUGUCGUCAGGAUCAGCAGGAUAACAAACAGCUAAUGAGGUUGUCAAGCUAUUCUCCAGCACAUUUAACACAUUCUGCAGAGAUGGAGCUACAGACAAAAAGUGAAACAGAAGGAGUCCCCCUGACUACUUUGAACCACAGUUCUGAUCAGCUUUCAGCACACAUAAUUGCAGGCACUGUGAUGGUCCAACAAGGCUUUGGACCUGUUUAUGAUGUGCCACUUCAGCUGCAGGAACCUGGCUUAGAUGCAUCACCUCAACCUUCCAUUGAAGCCAAGUCUGUGGAUGAUGAAGUAAAUGGCCAUCUAGUCUUAGAACCUAAAUCUGAAACUCCUAUUCCUGAUCCCUGCCCAAAAGACAUUUCUUGUUCAAUUCCAGACAAUGAACCUGUACCACAAAUUCCAAGCUAUGUUUCAUAUACUCCAGAGAGGUUUUGGUUGGAUGAUCUCGAAGCCAGUACUUCAAAGGAUCUGGCACAGAUUGACUGUGCCUGUCCAGGACUUUUACCUAGCCCAGGUCUUUCACAGCAGCCAAAUCAUGAUGAGCCUAAGCAUUUGUCAGCUUGCUCAAACAGUCCCAAACAGCAGCACAGUAAUUGCCAUGAUGGAGAAGCUGCUGUGGAUGAGCAAGGAGACAUCCUGAUGGUGGGGGAACAUGCAGAAUUACCUUCAAAUAUAAAUUUGACAGGAAGCGCUGAGAGAAAGUCCUUGGUGGAUGUCUCCUCUUGCUCUGCAUCACCUUGUUAUUCCAUGUCAGCCAAAGUGAACCCUAGAAAACGUAGCAGGUCCUUCACCCUCAGCCCCAAGGUUUCCAAAAAGAUGAGGACUAACCAAUGGUCAGAUCCCACCCAUAAGAACAGUGCUGUCAGUGUAGCAUAUGAUUAUGCACCAUUUGUUUGUUCUGGACUGCUGUCCAUGGCAGAGAAAUGUGAUGAUGUCAAGGAGGCAAAUGAUUCUGAUAAAUGUAAACUUGUAACUCGCAAGCAAGAUUUGCUGCCUGAUCCUCUUACGUCAGGACAGGUUUGUUCCCUCACAAACGUAGCUAUUCCAGAGGGUCAUCCGUCUUUCCAGCAAGAUCAACACAGCAACUGUGGAACUCCUGAUGACCAGGUAACAGAACAGUACCCAAAUGGGUCACCCCAGUCGGAAUCCUCUGUUGUUGGUGAUGAUGAAGGUGAUCGAGCACCAGAAUUGGGUCCUCCUCAACUGUACCCAUUUUACUAUGAUGAUAUCCAAAAGCAGCAACUUUCUUUUCUUGACCCUCCAAAUCUUGUCCCUGCCAUCCCAUUUCCUUCUCUUCCUGAGAAGGUUGCCCAACCCCUUGCGAGUCAGGCAUCCAGUGCAUCCCUUCUUUCCCAGUCCUGUUCUUCUGUUUGCAUCGAGUCUGCUCUCGUCCCAGACUUUACUUUUUCAGACCCAGAGUCAGACUGGGACUCCGGCCUUCUCUCCCGCUUUGCACCUGCAGUCCACCUCCAGCCACGAGAAGGGCGAUGUGAGCUCGACCUGGGACUGUUGCUGCAGAGGUCAUGUGCCGGAAUGCAGGAUGGAAGCUACACAUCGCAGUUGUGUUCUGUGCUGCAGCCCACCAUCCCCUCUUCCACAGGUUUUGGAGACGCAAUAAAUCUAAAUACUCUUUACAGACCUAUUGAAACAACGGACAGAUGGAUAAUUCAGAGUCUGGGAGUGUAGUUUGUGAAACUGAAUCUGUCAUGACAUACCUUCCCCAAUGGUAAAUGUGGUAGGCUAGUCUUAUUUUUGCUUAGCAGUCUUCUGUAGGCAUAUCUUGGGAAGACCUUUUCCUCUUAUAUCAUGGAUGCUUUGUCAUCUCGCUCUGUCGUGGGCCUGAGGAACCUUUGCAGAAUAGGUCAAGGAAACCAAGUUGUGCUAAGCAGUUUUUUGCUAACAUCGCACACCUAGGCAGCUUUUGGAACCCUAGCAAUUGCUUGAGUCUUUACAGAGUAAAGAGCACUUAUGAGACAUUACAGCAUCUCGAUCAUGUUUCACCAAAAACAUCCAGUAAUUUCAGUCACUAGUAGCUAGAAAGGCGGACAAAUACAUAAACAGCUGUGUACACUGUUCGGAAAUUCUGGUGUCUGUUCCUCAUCCUGCCUGAUUAUCAGAAUGCUUAGAGUGCUUCUUCUUUCCACACCUCCUCUGUUGACCUUUUUGCUGGCCUGAACAGUGAACGCCUCUACCCCUCAUUGUCCUGCAGGUUCACUCUAGUCUUUUCAUCAGCAGUAUCCGGGAACAGGCGCUGGUAUUGAGAAUUUAAUGAGGCUUCUCCGGAGGGGGCAUUACUCAAUUAGUUUAAGUGCUGUGUCUGGCCCAAUUCCCAUUUACAGCCAGUGGUGGUGGAAUGGAGGUACAGGAUGUAGGGGAUAUACCGUCAAGUCAGCAGUGUCCCAUUGCUUUAACUGCGAGUAGGACAGCCAAACUUAGAUAACGGAGGAUGAAUUGAUGCGUCUGUCCUUUAUUGAAUGUCUUUGUGUUUCUUGGAAGUCACUGUGAAGAGCUGCAGUUUGGGAUUCUUAUGAAAUAUGCAGCGAAAGGCAGAGUGUGAUGAAUGUUGGCACAGACAGAUGAAUUUUAUUGCAUGUACUUUAAUGUAUGUUUGCUAUAAAUGGGGAAAGUAUUAACUGUAAAUAUGAAGUAUUGCUCAUCACUCUAGGCAGUGGGUUCUCUGGAAGAAGCUUAAAGGCAUGUUGACGUUUUAAGAUUUACCAAAUUUGGGACAAGUUAACUGUGUGAGAUGGUACAAAGAUCCUUUAAACACACUAUCAGAGUUUAUCUACGUAUUUUUUCAAUAAAUGUUUCUACAUCAAGUAAAUAAGAAGGUCCCUAGGUUCGGUAUAUAAUGUGCUUGUAGUAAAAAAUCUCCUUCGCUACUGUGCAUUCAAAAGGGUGUCAACCAAUACUGAUUUAAACAUUACAGUUGCUUUGAAACUGUUAUGAUGUCUGUGAAUUUGCUCUUGGUGGCUUGUGUUUAACUCAAAUUAAUCCUGGUUCAUGAAUCAAUAUUUCUAAAUCCUUAUUAAGGGAAAUCUGUACAGUAGCCUUUUGGGGUUUGUCAAGUGGUUCCCCAUUUCCAUAGAUAGUCUUUAUUAACUUUACCUUGUAGGUGUUUUUUUUAUAUAAUGUUUGUUUGGGACAAACCAUCAAGAUUUUGACUACUUCUCUCAAGAAUUGAGGUGCAGCUAAGUACAAGGCAUUAGAAGUGCAGCUAAUUUUUAAGUGUGUUUUUUUUCUGAGAUGUGAAAUUUUAUUUUUUGCUUUUUGAGAUUUUAUUUUUGAAAGGUUUUAAGUAACAUUUGAGACUUUCUAACAAACUUGUUGGAUUUGUAUUGGGUCUGUUUUAUUGUUUUAUCUGCGGAAUUUGAAAAUUCAUUAAAAUCUGUGGUGAUGUCUUGCAUAAGCUUUUAAAAAUUGUUUUGUCAUUGCAAAACGGAAUAUAUAAAAACGUUUAUUCAU